UACCACCUGCACCUCUGGUGUAUCUGAUGGCUCCUCAGAUGAUACAGUGAUUCUGUCGACACCAAGCCCAUCAGCAAGACAAGAGCAAUGGCCAGAGUUUUUUGACAUUCCAAAUUUUCCUGUUGAUGUGGAAUUCAGGCUAAGACAGGCCAAUCUUCUGUAUUUACAAGACCGUACUUGCUUGAAUGUACCAAGAGACAUGAAGCAUGGUAUUUUGGAGAGAAUCGCUGAAGAGAUCUACAGAUUUGAUGCCUAUCCAAAUGAAGAACGAUGCCAUUCUGUGGCAUUAGCACUCAUAACAAAACAUCCCUGUCUGAGGGAACCAGGCUCACCAGAUGGGUGUUCUGGCUGGAAGAACAGCUUGAUGUACAAAAUGGGGAACUAUCGCACUAAACUGAGGAAAGCAGGAUGUGCAGAAGUUGCAAUAAAUGCAGGGAUAAGACGUACACCACAAGUGGGAGCAAAAGGCCUCAAAAGACCAAAGAGAUUUGAGGUGAAUUACUUACCUAACCUACCAGAAGGGCAGAAUAAAGAUGGACUAGAGGCUGAAAGAAAGCUUCUAGUUGAAGAAAUGAGAAAACAGAAUCCCAGUGGAACCAUUAUUGCUGCAAAGAUGGACCAGACCUUCCCCCUGCGGAGACGGGAGAUUGUGGAGGCUGAACCUCCAGUGAAAAUCCUGAAGGCGAGGUGGCCUGCCCUUUUUUCAGAAAGACAAGUAUAUGCAGAGUUCAACAGGAUUGCCACCACACACCUAGAGAGUGACUUCUUUGAUUCAUUAGACCGCUUCACACCACUGUUUCUCACCAUCUUCAAGUCCAAGAAAGGAAGUGUUGGAGAUAAAUUAGCUGAAAUUGUGCAGCAGAUCGAUUCAGCGAGGCCAGAUGUGACAGCACUUCGUACCCUUGUUGUCAGAGGCCUCCCAAUUCUACUUGGUGAUGAUCCAAGUGACUUCUACAACACUGCUUUUGUCUCAAACUGCAGUGAGGCCUGGGCAAAGGUGACUGUUGGCUUGGUGACCAUCAUCAAUGAAGAUGCACCUGUGUCUUCAGAUCCUCUCCAUCUAAACCCACUGUCAACUGGCAUCAUUCUGGAAGGAGGUACUGUGAUGGAAAAUCUCCCAAAUCUACCACAGGCACUCUGCCUAUUAUUUGGCCUGUCCUAUGCUCUCCACCUUGAAUACCCAAGAGCCAUGCGAAACACACUGAUCUUCAUCCAGAGAGUGAUGCUUAGGUUGGGAGAGAACAAACUCCCCCCAAGACUUCAAACUCUAAAAAACCUCCUGCUGAGUUAGUGCAGUCAUCUAAGAGUUACCCUUGGCACUAUGUUGCUUGUGUAUAUGAGCAGUGCUGGUUGCUAUUUUGUUUAAUUUUUGUUUUUACUACAGGUCAUGUUAAUGGUUGUCCUACUGUUUUGCCUGUCAUUUAGCCUGUGCUAUGUUCCCCAUCUUAAAUACCAUGCAAACAUAUUGACCCUCAUCCAGAA